UUAUUAUUACGGAGUAUACCUUUUUUAGGCAACGCCUUAAAAUCUAAUUCUUUUCAUAAGACUGUCCAACUGUCCACCAAAAUCCUAUCUCUUCAGCCAUCAACUUCUCAUCCUUCCAUAAAAUUUUCCAUCCAAUAAAAAAAAGAAAAAAUUAUAUUGAAUUCAGUGAAGAGGCCAAUGGCUUCAGCAACUGCUAGACAAGUACUCAACCCACAGAUUUUACAGUCUAAUAACUGUCUGUCUUCAGGUCAUCAUCCCAUUUCAACUUCACUUUCUUUCACUUGUAAUUCUAAUCCCAAUCACAUUCUCCCUCCUAAUUCUUCCUUAUUUUUCUCCGGCCACCGGCAUAUGCCGGUUGUGGUGAAAUCAUCACCUGGGAAAGAUGGCGGCGUUGGCGGUGAUGAUGAUGAGGGUGUUUCUCUUGGAACCAUGAGAUUGCCUUCAGACACUGAUGUUCCCAGGUUUGAGACUUUACUCUUUCAGCAGUGGGCAAACAGUCUGAACCAAGGAGCUCAGUUGCCACUUCCUGUUCCACUAAAGGUUGACAAGAUUGAAGGAGGGGUAAGGCUAGGCUUUGUGGAAAUCGACGAUGGGAAGACACAAGUUCGAGUGUACAUUGAUUGUCAAGUAAUAACAGGCAGCAAUGACUCUGGCCCUUUAACUUUCAGAGCAACCAGAAAAGGAGCCCUCAAAAACAAGGUGCCGCUUGGCGAGCCCAGAAUCAUGAAGAGCCUUCUUGCAGCUCUCAAGACAUCUGUCGAAAUUGCCAGAGUUUGAUGAAUUUGUCUAUUUUUAACACAGUUUAUAAGGUUGAUACAUGAUCUAAAUAUAUUCAGAAAGAGAAAUUUCUUGUCAGAUUUCUACUCUAUACUAAUGUCACAUUUACAAACUUUCUCUAUUUAGUCCUAUAUUCUCAUCCA